GCGUGUUAUGCCUUCCGCCGAUACCCACCAGACCCAGAUCUAGCGAGCGCGCCACCCGAGGAAGAAGAGAGACGACCCUCAUCAGUAGUAUAGAAGCGCAGACGCGGCGCGCGUCUCGUGCGGGCGAAUGCAAUUGUAAGCCACCGCCGACGAUGGGGUGCUCCUUCUCUGGGCUAAACGCGCUCUACGACACCGUCGGCGGUGGCGGAGGCGACAUCUGGGUCAACGACUACCGCUUCCGAGUCAUCCGCAGGCUCAGCGACGCCGGGCCAGCGGGAUCCUCCGUCUUCCUCGUCAAGGAGGUUGUCGCCGCCGCCGCUGCCUCCGACGGCACAGCCGGAGCCGGGCCUGGCGCUGCUGGGCUCGCCAAGAAGAAGGGCGUCGAUCCAUCCCAUAUCUCAGCUGAUGGAACAUAUGCAUUGAAGAAAGUUCUUAUUCAGAAUGACCAGCAUUUAGAGCAAGUUCGGCAGGAGAUCAGAGUGUCCUCUCAAUUCAGUCAUCCAAAUCUACUUCCUCUCCUUGAAAAUGCUAUUAUUUCAGUUAAGGGCGUGCAAGAUGGGUCACAUAAUCAUGAAGCUUACUUAUUGUUCCCAGUUCAUUUGGACGGAACCUUGCAGGAUAUCAAUAAAAGUAUGCUAGAAAAGAAAGAAUAUUUACCAACAAUCACUAUUCUCCAAAUAUUGCGCCAGCUAUGUGCAGGACUGAAGCAUAUGCACAGUUUUGAUCCACCUUAUUCUCAUAAUGGGGUUAAACCUGACAAUGUUCUCAUAACUCAGAGGAAGGAUCAACCUCAUCUUGCUAUCUUGAUGGAUUUUGAAAGUGCUCGUCCUGCAAGAAUAGUUAUUAGAUCAGAAGCAGAAGCUUUGCAGUUACAGGAAUGGGCUUCGGAGCACUGUUCUGCACAUUACCGAGCACCUGAAUUGUGGGAAUGCCCAAGUCAUCUUGACAUUGAUGAGAGGACAGAUAUUUGGUCUUUGGGAUGCACUCUAUAUGCAAUGAUGUAUGGGAAGUCCCCAUUUGAGUAUGAACUUGAUGAAAGUGCUGAUGAAACCUUACAGUCAGUUACAAAGAACGCUCAAAUUAAAUGGCCUACUGAAGCUGGUGCCACAUAUCCUGAUUCUCUCCGCCAGUUUGUAACUUGGAUGCUGCAGCCUCACCCUGCAGUUCGUCCCCACAUUGAUGAUAUCAUCAUCCACGUUGAUAAGCUCAUUGCGAAGUACUCAACUUGACCUGACGUUAAAUGGGACUUCUUCCAUAGAAAAAUGUUAUGUAAGUCAAUUGAACAUCUACUUGAUUCAUCAAAUGUGAUAAAUAUAAGUUUGUUUCUUUAUGUGUUAAAGUGAUAAAAAAAGGAAGAGGGCUGUUUUGUUGUUAUAUUGUAUUCACAUAUUUAUAAACCUGCUAUUGUUCAUGAAUACAGUUGCCUGUAGAUCAAUGUGUUUUCUCUGGUGCCCCAGUGUAUUCAAUGAUAAGGGAUGUCAUUCU